AACGGCAUCGCCUCGGUGUCUGUGCAUGACAUGCAUUCUCUUAUAUAGACUCGACAGGGGGCGGUCUUCCUGGCUUUCCCCGUCCAGUGUUAUCGAGUCAUCUCUCCUUUCUGCUUAACCGUCCACUCGCUCCGACGGCCUCUUUGCUGCACUUCCCAUUCGCUCGCUCUCUCGCUGCAAAGAUGCGCAGCUCGCAACUUCUAGCCAUCGUAGGACUGUCCGCCCUGGCCUCCGCGGCGGCCCGGGUGCGGACCUCGAACCCGAGCCCUCGACACGAUGAGGGGCAGCCGGGCGUUCUGAAGACGUCGGUCCGUCGCGUCAAGACGCCCGAGAGCCGCAGAUCGCUCUCGCAGGCGCGCUACUUGCACGCAGCCGCCAUGCAUGCCCGCCAGGUGGACAACUCGUCGGCGCCGCUGCCCGCCAACGUCAGCAACAUUCUCUACGGCUACGAGUACAUCAUGGACGUCCAGGUCGGCACCCCGCCACAGAACGUCAGCCUCAUCUUCGACACGGGCUCGGACGAGACAUGGGUCAACCCAGAGUGCGACGCCUUCAGCCACCAGGCCGUCUGUUUCGCCGCAGGCCGCUACAACGCCUCGGAUUCGACCACGUCGCAGAACCUUUCGGCCCCAUUCUCCAUCACCUAUGGAUCUGGAUCCGUCGAGGGCUGGUACUUUCGUGACAGCUUUGCCAUCGCAGGCAAAACCGCGUCGGCCGUCCAGUUUGGCAUGGCCAAGUUGUCGUAUAACAUGGACGCUGGCAUUCUCGGCCUGGGCUAUGACAGUGUGGUCCUCGACGAGCUCAAGGGCCAGGGCGUAGUCGAAAGCAAGGACUUCAGCAUCUCGCUGGGUAACAGUGUCUCUGCCCAAGGCCAGGCCGUCUUCGGUGGAGUCGAUACUGCCAAGUUCUCGGGGCAGCUCCAAGCGAUACCUAUGCUCGAGACUCAGAGCUUUUUCAGCGAGUCCCUUCACUACCAGGUUAACCUCACAUACAUGGGAGUCACAAGCAAGGGGUCAUGCGAGUCGACAGCGGCCACCGACGAGAGCUUCUGGGGCCCCGCCAUCGUCGACACGGGCAGCACCAUCAGCCACCUGCCGUUCGACGCCGCCAACCUGACUGCGGCCAUGAUCCCCGGCGCCCGCUUCGACUCAUACCUCCAGCUCUGGAAAGUCAGCUGCCACUACGCCGACUCGGCAGACACGGUGGACUUUGGCUUCGGGGACGUCGUCGUCAACAUCCCCAUCCGCGAGUUCAUCUGGCGCAACAUCCCAGGCGGCGGCCAGUGCUUCCUCGGCAUGGUCGGCGAUGCCGACUCCAUCGGUGUCUCCGUCCUGGGCGAUAGCUUCUUGCGCGCGCUCAUGGCUCUGUACCAACCCGAUCUCAAGCUGCUCCAUCUGGCCCCCUUUUCCGACUGCGGGACUGAUAUCGUGCCGACGACGGAGGACGGCGUCGAUGCCCUCGAGGGCAUGUGCGAGCAGCCAAAGUGGGAUACGUGCACCUACCGCCCAGCCCCAGUGCCGCUGACCGUCUCGUCUGACGACUGGUCCACUCUCUCAUGGGUCACCGCGACGCCCACCGAAGAACCCCCGCUGGCUUCCGAGACGGAUGGAUUCACGACAAUGAUGCCGCUUCCCGUGCCUCUCAGCGAUGGCACAGUUGUUACAAUUAGCGAUACGGUGGUGCCUACAUGGCCGGCCGAACCGUCUGUCGUGGUCGAGCCGUUCCCUACCGAAACACCCGUUGACACUUGGAGCCCGGGCUCGAUCCUCACCGACAUCAGAGGCUCCGCGACAGCUAGAAAGACCAAGUCCAUGUCGUAUCACGGCACUGCAACUGCAGCCAUGAGCGCGCCAGGAUCGCUCUUGACCGUCAACAUAGGCUGCCACCCGACGAGUUUCUGCGUCCUGGCGCUCAGCACGGACGAGAUCGCGGGCGUGACGGCCAACGAGGAGUGCAUCACGUACAGCACCUGCGACGGCGGGCCGGGCGGCAGGGACCCCACGCCAACCUCGACGGGCUGGGGCGACGACACGACUGUUGCCGACCCGAUACCCACCCUGACCCGGCCUUAUGUCACGCCGAUUGAUGCCACGGGGACAGGCCGCUACGCAAAAUGCACGGGCGUUGUCUACGUCACGGUGACGACUACCGUAGGGGAUCUUGUGCCUGGGGACGACGGCUUCUGUACCGCUCGACAGGGGUGAAGAGCCAAGGCGAUGCCGACGAGGAUGUUGGGGUAUAUCUUGCCGGGUGCGUCCGUUGCGCACAGCGAGGAUUUCGAUGGAGUUGAGGUCUUGCCUAGGUGGCGAGGAGCUCGGUGGUGAUCCUAGAGCUGGUUGAAUGUCAGAUUCACCUCCUGAGAUGAGACGGAAGCACAGCCAAAGAAAAGUUAUCAUUAUCGAUCGACAUUGUUUGCGUCCAUGUGCCCCGUGCAUAUGCUGCCUUUAAAGAGUCGCCUAGAGUACAAAGUUCAAAUGCCAC